AUGGACCAGGGACAUUAUGCAAUCUCGCCUGAAGCGACCGAGAGCAGCUUCCUUGCUUCCCCUUCGAUCGAGCAGAUCAAGCAGGAGGACGGUUCCAGCCAACCGCCGAAGAAGAAGCAAAAACGCAAUAAGCCCACAUUGUCCUGUGAGGAAUGUGUGGAAAGAAAAACAAAAUGCGAUCGAGGAAGGCCUCAUUGUCUUGCCUGUAUAAAACGCCAAACCGAAUGUAAAUAUGCUCAUGUUGCGAAUAUCCUCGAAGAGACAAAUCGUUCUGUUAGCAAUGCUAGACGCAUGACUAAACCGCCCAAGAAGAAGCCUUCUAUUUCCAAUGGCUUUGAAGGACCUAAGCAAGCCCCAAAUCCACAGGAGAGGAGUGCUUCGAGAGCCUCCACGUCAUCCUCUGUUGGUCUGCUUUCUAAUGUGCCGUAUUCUCACCCCACGGCUUCAAAUGUCUUCGGUAUAGGUUCCGAGCACCCAUUCGCAAACUACUGGACUUGUCAAGGCGGUCUCCCAGAGACCAUUUCAGUGCUGCCGGAGAAAGUUCAAGCAGGUAUUCUGCUGGAACGAUAUUUCGAAUGUGUAGAUCCUGUCUACCCUAUGAUACACCGACAGACAUUCUAUGCCGACUAUGAGCACUUCUGGUCACUCCCCCAACCUGAAAAAGAUCGAGUUGAUGGCGCUCUUGUUGCAAUGAUUUUCGCCAUGCUAGCCAUGGGUACCCAAUUUGUUACAACUACCGGACCCAAAGAGCGUCAACAAACAGCUGAAUUCUAUGUCUCAGCAGCUCAUCAGUCUCUCCGGAUGAGUUCCUACCUCAACAAAGCCUCCGUCCGGUCUAUCCAAGCUAUGGUGCUGAUCACUUACUUCCUCAUCAAUGACAACCAUGCCUCAGAUGGCUGGGCCUUUGCUGGUAUCUUGAUUCGACAAGCAUAUGCCAUGGGUUUGCACAGAGAUCCUAACAUUGUCUGUCCCAAUGCUAGCAUCUUCGAUAAGCAACUUCGUCGGAAGCUCUGGCAAGCCGUUUUACUCCAGGACACAUUCCUCACCGUCCUCCUUUCCCUCCCUCCAAGCGCAACCCACACAGACGUCAACGUCGAAGACCUAAUAGACGACUCCUCCAGCAUCGCCCACUCCAACCCCACCGACACAGCCUACAUCCGCGGCUGCUGGACCCUCGCCAACCUCGUCCAAGAAACCAUCUGCUCGCCCCGCUCCCUCGACCUCCCCAUCUGCGCCACGCCCCGCCAAAAAUCCAAACUCAUCGCCGACUUCAGAGCCGUCUACCGCUCCUUCCCCGACAUCUUCCGCUCGUGGGACGCAGAAUCGAUCGCCAUCCUCGCACAAUCCAACAAGCGGAUCGUCCGCCAGACGCUGUUUCUCACCAGUAAUUAUUUCCACAAUGUGAUGCUGUUGCAUUCUUCCGGGUCGGCGGAGGUGCCUGUAAAUGUGCGGGGAGCGCUGGAGGCGGCUCACGAUGCUAUUAAUGCCUUCUUUUUGCUGUAUACGUUGUUUGAGAGUGAGGCGAAGGUGUGGUGGGUAUUUAAUCAUCGGGCGUUUUUGGAAGCUAUGUGUAUUGGGAAUAUAUUGCGGGAGGAAGCGAAGGAGGAGAAUGGGGAGGAAUUAUUGGCUAAGGAUCCGCUUUUUGUUAGAGCCAAAGCUGAUAUCAUUCGGAUGAUUGAGAUCAUGCAGAUGAUGAGUGAAGGCGAGCACGGAUCUGCGGUUGCGCUGACAAGAGUGUCUGUAUUGAGUACUUAUCUGUAG